AUGUCCUGUGAUAGCGGAGAAACUGUUGGGCACCAGAUGUAUAACCACUGUGGACAGGUUCAAGGCUCCUCUUCCCGGCUUAGCAGUCUGAAUGGAAAUAGGAAAUCUGCAGCGUUGCUGGAAGUCAGGGGGAACCUAAGCAAUAUGCAGUAUUCUUCCGUGGCGCUGGAUCCAGAAACGCCGGUGAAUAAUGGAUCCGGGAUUCCCCGUAACCCUGAGGAAGGCACAAAGGCUGCAGCCUUGACAGAAAGUGAAGUCCGCAGGACCUGUACAACAAAGUGUUUCCAUAGCCAUUAUUUAACUAAAACUAGUACGCAGAGAGACGUCUACAACUUCCUGGAGAGGCCCAGUGGAUGGAAGUGUUUUAUCUAUCAUUUUACUGUAUUUCUCUUGGUGCUGAUUUGUUUAAUAUUCAGUGUACUAUCUACUAUAGACCAUUAUUCUGAAUUUGCCACUGGAACCCUUUUCUGGAUGGAAAUAAUUCUGGUUGUGUUUUUUGGUGCUGAAUAUGUGGUCCGAUUGUGGUCUGCAGGCUGCAGGAGUAAGUAUGUUGGUUUCCAGGGAAGAAUACGGUUUGCCAGAAAGCCAAUAUCAAUUAUCGAUCUAAUUGUGGUAGUAGCCUCAAUUAUUGUUCUGAGCAUAGGAUCGAACGGACAGGUGUUUGCCACCUCUGCAAUAAGGGGGAUCCGAUUUCUCCAGAUACUUCGCAUGCUUCAUGUAGAUCGACAGGGUGGCACCUGGAGACUAUUAGGAUCAGUUGUUUUCAUACAUCGUCAGGAACUCAUAACCACGUUGUACAUUGGAUUCUUGGGAUUAAUUUUUUCAUCCUAUUUUGUUUAUCUUGCUGAGAAAGAUGCAGUUAAUGAGGAUGGAAAGACAGGUUUCUCCAGCUACGCUGAUGCCCUUUGGUGGGGUGUGGUAACGGUCACAACAAUUGGUUAUGGAGACAAAGUUCCCCAGACGUGGAUUGGGAAGACAGUAGCUUCCUGUUUUUCAGUAUUUGCUAUAUCUUUCUUUGCUCUGCCAGCGGGGAUUCUGGGGUCUGGUUUUGCCCUGAAAGUACAGCAGAAGCAACGGCAGAAGCAUUUCAACAGACAAAUCCCAGCUGCAGCUUCUCUAAUUCAGACUCUGUGGCGGUGCUAUGCAGCAGAGAAAUCCUGCAGUUCUACCGCAACAUGGAAGAUCUACGUUACAUCAGCCGUGCAAAAUCCCAAAAAACCACCAGCGCCAUCUAGCCCUAGCCUGAGAAAACAGGCUAGAAGAUACAAAAGAAAAGGGAAACUAGGCUGUGGUAAUGGUUCUGCACCUGUAAUAAACCCAGGAGAGAAUGCCUUGUCUAUUCCACAGAUCACUUAUGAUCACAUUGAUGAACAAGAAGACAAAAAAGACGUGUCUUUCUACAUUGAUGAGCCAGAAGUGAAAAGACAUUUAGAAGGGAAUACCGAAGAAAUGUCACGGGCCAACAGCUUCACUGAUGAUAUUGACCUUAUUUCAGAAGAGUUGCCGCUGCCAGCUGUAUCUGACAUGGCACAAUUAACUGAUGCACAUCGAACAGCUGUAAAAGUCAUCAGGAGAAUGCAGUAUUUUGUAGCCAGAAGAAAAUUUCAGCAAGCUCGGAAACCGUAUGACGUGCGCGAUGUGAUUGAACAGUACUCACAAGGACACCUCAAUAUGAUGGUUCGGAUAAAAGAACUUCAAAGAAGAUUGGACCAUUCCUUGGGAAAGCCAGGCCUUUUCCUCCCAGAAAAAGGGGUAGACAAAGGAUACUGUACUGUAGGAGCCAGACUGAUCCGGCUAGAGGAUAAGGUCAUGCAGAUGGACCAGAAGCUAGAUGACAUCCUGAACACGCUCCAGGCUCAGUUCGGGGAUCAGCCACAGGCACAGAUGUCAGGGCCAGCCACCCCAUCUGUCAGACAGCUACAGACAACCUCGGAUUCCCCCCCAGUGAACCGGAAAAUUUGA